ACAGAGGAGCCUCCCUCACUGAGCCGAGGUCGGAGUGGUUGUGAAGUUCCACAUCCCCGGUGCAAAGUUUGAAGACACGCUGGCGUUUUUGUUGUUAGCUUCCAGCGCAGCUUUUCAACAAUAUUUAUUGUCCAUAAAGGACCAAACGUCGACGGUGCAAGAUGUCCGUGGCGGGAUUUAAGAAACAAUUUUGCAAAGCAACUCAGUUGGUGAGUGAAAAAGUUGGUGCUUCUGAAGGAACCAAAUUUGAUGAGGACUUCAGAGACCUGGAGAGGAGAGCAGAUGUCACCAGUAAAGCAGUGGUGGAAGUCAUUUCUAAGACCUCAGAGUACCUCCAGCCGAACCCAACAACGAGAGCUAAAUUGUCCAUGCUCAAUACUGUGUCCAAAAUCCGUGGGCAGGUGAAUAGUCCUGGCUACCCCCAGCCUGAAGGCCUCCUGGGGGAAUGCAUGACUAAGUAUGGACGGGAAAUGGGUGAAAACACAAACUUUGGUGGUGCUCUAGUAGAUGUAGGCGAGUCAAUGAAGAGGAUGGCUGAGAUCAAGGACUCUCUAGAUAUUGAUGUCAAGCAAAACGUUAUUGACCCAUUGCAGGCGGUUGUGGAGAAAGACGUCAAAGACAUUCAGUACCACCUCAAGAAGCUGGAAGGUCGCCGUCUGGAUUAUGAUUAUAAAAAGAGACGUCAAGGUAAAAUCCAGGAUGAAGAGAUCAGGCAGGCCCUGGAGAAAUUUCAUGAGUCCAAAGAACUGGCUGAGAGCUCUAUGCACAACCUACUGGAAACAGAUGUGGAGCAGGUGAGUCAGCUGUCUUCUUUUGUGGAGUCAUUGCUGCAGUACCACAGGCAGGCCUCACAGAUCCUGGAGGAGCUUUCUGACAGACUCAGAGGAAGGGUGAGUGAAGCCCAAGCUCGCCCCAAGCGUGAAUAUACACCCAAACCUCGACCAGCCUUCGACUUUGGAGAGCCAGUUAAUGCUAAUGGGGGACCCUCGCCAGCUCCAAUAAGUUCUCCAGUUUCCAGUCCUGCACCAGUAAAAUAUCCAGGUCCGUCCUUCAAAAGGUCGUCAUUCAAGAGCAAACCGCGAGAGCCGUGCUGUAAAGCCCUGUAUGACUUUGAGCCAGAGAACGAUGGCGAGCUGGGCUUCAGCGAGGGUGAAAUAAUCACCUUGGUCAGUCAAAUUGACGAGAAUUGGUAUGAGGGAAUGCUUCAUGGCAGAUCUGGAUACUUCCCCAACAACUAUGUUGAAGUGAUCGUACCUUUGCAGUACUGAAAAUGGAUAAAGUGGACUGAUGGCGUGGAGAGGAUGGAAGGGAUGAUGGAGCCUUAUCCUCAACAAUCAAUAGCUGGCUUUUUAAAUAUUAUUGUGAUCAAAGGAAAAUCUUCUCAAUACAGGGAUCUAAACAUUAAUGUAGAAGUUAUUCAAAGAUAGCAAGGUAUUUUCUAUUUAGAUUAAGAUUGGACUUUCAGUAAGAAAAAUGUUGGUGCAAUGUUUUGGUGCAGUUAAUAUUCUCUGAUUCCCCAUUCCAUUGAUUUUUUUUUUUUUUUUUUUUUUUUAUGCACCUCUGCACUUUGCACACCAUACUUGUCGCUGGGGCUGAAGAAGAAAUCCUCAAAAAAGAAUAACACCUGCCAGAAAGUUUACAUGAACACUAACGUGUAACUUUUUCCCCUCUUAUUCUUGAGUUUAAGUAUGAGAUACCAUUUUCGUUUUUAUGUAUUGUUGGUAUUUGUACUCCACAAACAGACACGGCUGUGUUUGUAAAGUACCUCUGUGCCUUAGAGCUGUAGUACAGUCGUCAUCAUCAUGGAGUCCUUCAAGCCAACAUGGAGGACUGGCUGACUUGUGUUGCUGUUUGAGGCUAUCCUCUACUCCCAUCUGGUGGUGGAAUCACUGUUGGCUCAUGGAUGGCUUGGUUUGUGUGACACUAUUCCUGGACAUCAGUUUGCUUUCCCCAAAUCUUCAUGUUAUAGGUUGACUUAGGUUUUUGGUGUCUUUUAUGCAAAAUAUUGAGGCUACAUUUAGUCUAAAAAAAAAAAAAGCUUGUGAUUUUGUUUUGGACAUGAUUUGAUGGCAUUCAGAAGUUUUCCAUUAGUUUUUUUUUUUUUUCUUGCCCACUUUAUUACAGGAGAUGCUCAGCUGUAUGUGAUUGUUUAUAUAUAUGUGUGUGUGUAUGUGUAUAUAUAUAUCUAUGUAUGUGUGUGUGUGUGUGUGUGUGUGUGUGUGUGUGUGUGUAUUUUCGGCUAUUCCAAUGCAUUGUGCUUUAUCCUCAACUUUUUAGACCUGACACCAAAGAAAGGCUGAGCAGUUAAUUCCCAGACUGCAGGAGCAUGCAGUGUGUCACAAAUUGGAAAUUUUGGAGACUGGCCUCCAUCCUAUCUACAACAUUCCAUUAAGGAUAAAAUAAAAUAUUAAACAUUAUGUAGACACUCCAGUGCCCCACCCCUGCAGAAAUUAAGGAGGGGAGAAAGCCCUUGCGUUAAGCCAUAAGCUUAUUUUCUCAGGCUCUGCUGAUACUGCUGGCAGUGUAGCUCACAUCUUGUGGACUUUACAACAGUUUGUCAUUGAAUUUUCAGGAUGGAAUGUUAUCCUCCUCCGUGUUGCCAUUGGCUUGGCUUUGGUGCCCAAACCUACAAUUUUGAGCAUGGAAAUUAAUGAUGGGUUUUGGGCAUUGUUGUACCUGCUUCUGUUUUCAGUGUGAAACUACCCAGACUGACAAAAAGUGCUGUUUUUGUGUGCAGAAUAUUUAUAAUGAGGAAGCGCCGCACACAAUAGUUGGGAGAUGGCUGGCAUCAGUUUCAUUUAAGACUACCGUAAAGCGAUUACGAACUGUGAGAGUUUAUGCUCUUCACUAAAAUGCCAACUUUAUCUUUCUGUCGUGAUUCUCUUGUUUGACCGCCUCCUGCCUCGAUCAUCUCCACUGUUUCUAUUCACACUUGGAGUGGAACAGACAGGUCUUUUCACCAGAGAGGGGCACACAGCAGUGGAUUAUGCCCUCCCCCACUGGUCUUAAUUCAGCACCUGCCCCUGCAAGCCCGGGCUCUCAUUAUGUGCCCUGUCUCAAUCCCUCUGGAGAUCAGUCUUCUGGUCCUUCCCUGGGAUAGUUUCUUCAUCGUUAGCGUUGUACGGGCCUCGUCGCUUUAUGUUUGCAUGUCCCUCCUUCUAUUCAUGUUGUGUUACGGGGCUUGUCUGUGCUGAAUAAAUGUGUGGUUCAGGUGUGUGUUAAUGUGCCUCAUUACACUAAAAAAAAAGCCUGGAGCUUGAGGGGCUCAGCUUGAACUAUUAAGCAGUUCUAACAUUCAUUAAUGUUGUGGAUCAAAGGGCAAAGAUCAAUGGGGGGGGGGCACUGUGGAUUUUCAAAAAAAUACACUGCAUUCUCUGGGUGGUGUUAUAACAAAACCCACACAAAUGUCUCAAUUUUGCAAAAGUGGUGAAUUAAGCAUUAUGUGACGUAAAAGCUUUAUGUAUUAUUGUGUUACUACUUUGGCAUGUUUCAUUAAAGACACUAUUUAUGUGCUUUACCUUUGGUGGGGUUUAUCUUCUGUUCAUACAAGUUACCUCUGUAUUAAAUGUAAUCUCUAUAUUGUAUUUUUAUUGUGUAAAGAGAAUGUCAUUUGCUUCUUUAAAUAAAUAACUAAAAUU